AUGGACAUUGAACAAACGCCGGGAAAGAAGAUUUAUUCUAUUUCAUUCAAUCAGGAUUGCACUUCUUUGGCUGUGGGACAUGAAGAUGGCUAUAGUUUCUACUCUCUCCGUUCAAUUGACAAACUCGAAAAAAUACAAGAUGCUAAAGCUCCUGAACGUGCUUGUAUUGUUGAGAAGCUGUUUAAUAGUUCAUUGAUAACUGUUGUUUCAAUGAAGAGUACAAGAAAAUUGCAGGUUUAUCACUCAUCUAAAGAAAAUGAAAUAUGUUCUCACACUUAUGCUAGUUCAAUAAUUGCUGUUCGGAUGAAUAGAAAGAGGGUGGUAGUUUGCUUGGAGGAUGCAAUUCAUAUCCAUAAUGUUCGAGAUAUGCGGAUUUUGCAUAUGAUUAAGGAUACUCCCUCAAAUCCUCAAGGAAUUGUGGAUCUUUCAAUUGAUGACAACAAUUGCUUCCUUGCCUUUCCUGCUUCUUCGAGCACUGGACAUGUACAUAUUUUUGAUGCGGAGAAUUUAAUUACUGUUUGUCAAAUUACUGCCCAUGAUAGUGUUUUGGCUGCUGUUAGAUUCAACCCAGAAGGAAACAAACUUGCAACUGGAUCAGAGAAGGGAACUGUGAUUCGCGUUUUCUCAAUUACUGGCGGUGAACGUCUAUUUGAAUUUGUCCGUGGAGUCAGCCGCUGUGUUCAAAUAAGUUCUCUUGCAUUCUCCCAAGAUUCUCGAUUUUUGUGUCUUUCAUCAAACACCGAAACUGUUCAUGUGUUUUCCUUGGCUAAACGUGAUCAACAAUUGGACCACCAUACAAAACCAGAUGAUUCUUCCCAAGAAAGUGUUAGUUGGAUGAGCUAUUUUUCACAACAAGCAAGUGCCUAUUUACCCCAACAAGUUAAUGAUUUGAUGUUGAGAGGCAAAAGUGUUGCGGUUGCUAAAUUGCCUAUACUUGGACAUAAAACAGUUGUGGCCAUGCCUAAAAUUCAGGGAAUUGAUUAUUUAAUUGUCGCGAGUAUGGAAGGCUAUCUUUUCUGGUACUCUUUGCCUACUUCUAGCGAUGUCAGUGAAUGCAAGCUUCUGCGUCAGUACAAAAUUGGGCCUAAGAAAAGUUCUAAAAAGGAUGGAGAUGAAGCAGAAAUGGGAGGAAUUCAAAUAUCAACUCCACAGAAAAAUUUGGUUUGCUUUAAAAAAAAUUCAUUUUUCUGUUUAGUAUAG